AUGGCAGAAGGCGGUGGAAAUAAUGAUGCUUUUCCUGGAUUCGCAGAAACUCCCACACAAGAGCUGUUGAAGCAAAUGGCGGAUCAAAAUACACGUCUUUUACUUCUUCUGGAGCGGCUUUCUGGACAGCCGGCAACACCAGCAGUCUCCAAGCGGAGCGUUGACCAAAUUGUCGAAUCACUUUCAUCGACAAUCAAGGAAUUUUUCUAUGAUCCAGCUGCUGGAAUGACAUUCGACCGAUGGUUUAACAAAUACGAGGAUCUGUUCAGUGCGGACGGUAGAGAGCUGGAUGACGCUGCAAAAAUACGUUUGCUACUGCGUAGUUUGAGUGUUCCUGUUCACGAAAAGUUCACAAACUAUCUCCUACCACAAGACCCACGGGAUUUUACCUUCGACCAGGUAAUCCAGAAGCUGAAAGUUAUAUUCGGUCAGUCGAAAUCACUCUUCAGUAAACGCUACGAAUGUUUUCGUGUGGUUAAGUGCGAUGCUGAUGAUUACGUCACCUAUGCCGGAGUCGUAAAUCGUUAUUGCGAAGAUUUUGAUUUAGCAAAUCUCACAAUCGACCAGUUUAAAGCACUGAUUUUCGUCUGCGGGUUGCAAUCUUCAAAGGAGACGGAGGUCAGGGCGCGUCUUCUCUCCAAGCUGGAAUCAGAUGCUGGAAAGGAGACCAAUCUCGAAGUGCUCAUAACGGAAUGUCAGCGACUGUCUAACCUAAAACACGAUACGGCGCUUGUAGAAAAGAACACAUCGUCCAGUGUGCAAGUGAUUCAGCAACACAAGCAGCACCAUAAGCAACCGAAAGCUGCUACGAAACAAAGAUCUUCCUCGUUCACCCUGUUGGCAUGCAACCGACAAGGACACAAAGAGGGAUACUGCAGCUGUUUCAACAGAACUGUCAAAACGUCUGGUGAAAAUAAACAGUCGCAACCGCCGCAACAGCAACAGAAGCGGAACAAAAAGCAUACUCAGUCGAACAGCGUAUAUUCAGUCAACCAGGUACGCAGUGAACGGAAAUAUGUGACAACGCAGAUCAACGGUCACACUGUAAAAUUACAACUCGACUGUGGCUCGGACAUAACCAUUAUUUCGGAGCAGAUUUGGAAAAAGUGUGGAUCUCCAGUUUUCUCUCAUACCGAACACAGAGUACGUACAGCGUCCGGUGAACAGUUGCCUCUUCUGGGAGAAUUUUCCUGUACCAUGCAGAUCGGCGAAGAGCAACGUAGUGGAACUUGUUACGUCACAUCAGUAAAUAAUUUGAAUUUAUUCGGUCUGGAUUUCAUGAAUGCUUUCGAUGUUUGGGCGAAACCGUUAACAAGCAUCUGCAAUCAGGUAAAUCAUUCUACUGCUAAUAAUCCUGUAAACUGGUACUUCACCCGUUUUCCCGAAGUUUUUAAUGAUUCGUUGGGUCAUUGCACAAAGACAAAAGUGAAGCUUUAUCUGAAACCUGAUGCACAACCGGUAUUCAGAGCUAAACGACCAGUACCUUUUCACGCAGUUUCCAAGGUUGACGAUGAACUCGAUCGACUUCAACGGCUUGGCAUUAUCUCGCUAGUAGAUUUUUCGGACUGGGCCGCACCAAUUGUCUCAGUAAGGAAGCCGGGCGGAAGAGUACGAGUCUGCGCAGAUUACUCGACAGGACUCAAUUCAAUGCUCGAACCGCACCACUAUCCGCUACCGUCACCAGACGAUAUUUUCUCGAAGUUGUCUGGAAACAAGGUAUUCAGCAUAAUCGAUUUGUCGGACGCCUAUUUACAGGUCGAGGUAGACGACGAAUCCAAGCAGAUUCUGACGAUUAAUACACACCGCGGGCUAUUUCAAUUCAAUCGGUUGGCUCCGGGAGUAAAAUCGGCACCUGGUGCUUUCCAGCAACUUAUGAGCAAGAUGAUCGCGGGUCUGGAAGGAGUGGAUUGCUUUCUCGACGACUUCAUUGUCUACAGCGUCAACAAAGAGCAACAUGACCGUAACCUGGAAAAACUUUUCAGUCGUAUCCAAGAAUAUGGAUUCCAUUUACGUCCAGAAAAGUGUAGUUUCUACAAGUCCGAAAUCAGGUACCUGGGCUUCAUCAUCAACGCUGACGGUAUUAAACCUGAUCCGGAGAAGGUGGCUUCAAUUGUCAAAAUGCCACAACCAAAAGACGUCAGUGAGCUUAGAUCAUUCCUCGGGGCAGCAAAUUUCUACGGGAAGUUCGUCCGGAAAAUUCAUCGAAUCAGACAGCCACUCGAUGCUCUCCUGAAAAAGGAUUCCCAGUUUGUGUGGAGUGCACAGUGCCAGGAAGCUUUCGACACAAUCAAGAAAGUAUUACAAUCAGACUUGUUACUGACGCACUACAAUCCGUCAUUGGAGCUGAUUGUAGCCGGCGACGCUUCCAAGACCGGAGUAGGAGCGGUCAUUAUGCAUCGUUUUCCUAACAACCAGCUCAAAGCGAUUGCGCACGCUUCGAAAACUCUUACCAGCACUGAACAGAAGUAUAGUCAAGUGGAAAAAGAGGCAUUAGCUCUAGUUUUCGCAGUAACCAAAUUUCGUCGUAUGCUGCUAGGACGCAAGUUCACGUUGCAGACGGAUCAUCAACCGUUACUGAAAACAUUCGGGUCGAAAAAGGGUAUUCCACUACAUACCGCUAAUAGACUUCAACGUUGGGCUUUAUCGUUGCUUGGUUACGAUUUCAACGUCGAAUACGUUUCCACAGAUAACUUCGGGUAUGCAGAUGUGCUCUCCCGACUGAUUAGCAAUCAUCAAAAGCCCGAGGAAGAGUAUAUCAUAGCAGCCAUUAGUCUGGAAGAUGAGGUCAACGCAGGUCUAGCUGAGUGUUUCACUUCACUACCGGUGAAUUUCAGGAUGGUUAGCGCAGCUACCAAGAAAGACGCGAUUCUUCAAUUUCUCCAGGAAUCUUUCGCCCGUUUUGGUAUACCCGCGACCAUUAUUACUGACAAUGGAACGCAGUUCUGUAGCAGUGAGUUCAAGAAACUGUGUGACGAACUUGGAAUCAUCCACAUUCGUACUGCCCCGUAUCAUCCGCAGUCAAACGGGCAGGCGGAGCGGUUUGUGGACACCAUGAAACGGUCGUUACGCAAAAUCGUUGAAGGGGAAGCAUCAGGUCGGCGAAAACUGGUACGCUCCCACGUGAAUCAGCUGAGACAGAGAUUCAACGAAGCAGUUAAACCGUUACCAGUGCCAAUCCCGCUGGAUAUUCUGGUGGACGAUUUUCAGUUAACACAGUCAUCAAUACAGCACACCAUCGCUCCACAGAAUCGGACAUCGGAUGGCUCGAUUCCUGCGCAGCAGCGUCAGGAUGAUAGUCAGACAACUUCGGACAGUGAUGAAUUCUUUGAGUCGGAGGCUGGCUCAGCAGUUGCAUCUCAGGCAGUAGUUCAGCCUGGAUCGACGAAUGCUCCUAGACCAGUUAGGGCCAGUCGCUUACCAAAACGUCUAGAGGACUACAUCGUAGGUUUCACUUAA